CUUUUCGUACAAAAUGAUUCAAAAGCUGGCUUAAAAGUUUGAAAACCUAGCUCAAUCUGCUUAAGCUGAGAGGAAAACUUGUCAUACUAACCAUAGGUAAUAUCAAUAUUUGUACAACCCUUUUCUAUUUUUGUUUAAUAUCAUGAAGACAUGGAAGCAUACAUUUAAGUGAUUAGCAUAUAACGAUGCCUUUGUGUUAAACUGUUAAUGGCCUUGAUAGUGACAUAACCGUGCAAAAACAGUGCCUUGUUUGUCAAGAAAAGGUAUUUUCUUGUCCACUCAUCAAGAAGAAUAUCAUAAUACCUCUACAAAAACAACAAUUCAAAAAAGAAUCUUUAUGUCAUUUGGUGUUAAGGUGUCUAAGAUGGUUUGCUUGGCUCUCUAAGCUCGUUCAUCAGAUGAUAACGAAGAAAGACCCUUGUCUUUAACAAAAAGGUUCAUUCCGUUGGWGCUAUUGAAGAAAAGAAAAACUGUCAUUGAUUAAAAUUACUGGCUAAAAUCACACCAGGAACAAAUUUCUCUUGCUAAUUCUAUAAAGUGAAGGUAACCACUUUUCACCUCAUCAUGGCAGUCUCAAUCGACGACGCCUUUCAACAUGUCGGUAGUAUGGGCCGAUAUCAGAUUCGAUUGGUUGCCAUGUUUCUAUUUUGCGCUUUCUGUGCGUUUGGUUUCCAGGCUCUCCUGAUCACUUUCAUCGCAGCGGAGCCUGGGUGGACAUGCGCAGAGAACAGUACCGCUUGUAAUUUUACUGAAGUACAAAAGCCCGGUUCGGACAUGUACAAGAAACGAUGUGACAUGAAUAGAAGCGACUGGGAGUUCACCAAGGAAUUCAACUCAGCGGUUACACAGUGGGAGCUAGUUUGCGACCGGUCCAUUCUUCAAAGCGUGUCUACCUCGUCAAUUUUUGCUGGAUGGCUGCUUGGUGCAAUCGUACUCAGCUGGGUUUCAGACAAGACCGGUCGGCGUAAAGUAGCAUACUUUGGAAGUCUUCUAAUCAUAGCGUUUGCCUUGCUUGGCGCUGCUUCUCCCUAUUUCUGGAUGUUUGUAUUGUGUAGAGCCAUUGUUGGUUUUGGUAUAGGUGGGACAUCUCUAAACCAAUUCGUUCUAAUCACCGAGUUUGUUGGUCCUCAACAUCGUAAUCUUGCUGGUACACUAGUCUGGUUUGCCUGGACUUUCUCUUACAUGGCCUUAGCACUUUUUGCUUACUUCCUUCGAGACUGGCAGAUCUUGACAAUCGUUGUGUCCGUAACAGGAAUACCGUUUGUUUUGUUUUGGUGGUUUAUCCCAGAGUCAGUCCGUUGGUUGUUGGUCAAAGGACGUGUUAUGGAAGGAGAGCGUAUCCUCAAAGACGUAGCUGAAUUCAACAAGAAAGAACCUCUAAACGAACCACUUUUGGUAACUGCUAACGCGGACUGUGCACCUACCGCUAGCUUUUUUGAUCUGUUUAGAGACAGGAAAAUGGCUCGUCUUACUAUCAUUUUAUGGGUAGCAUGGGCGGUAAAUAGCAUGGUUUAUUAUGGAGUUAGUCUAAGCUCACCAUCUUUAGGCGGGAAUAUGUAUUUUAACUUUUUCUUGACGAGUAUCAUUGAAAUUCCUUCAAACGGUGCAGCUAUAUAUGUCAUGAAAAAGUUUGGACGUAAGAAAUCUACCGUGAUUCCUAUGAUUUUAGCAUCAUUCGCUGCAAUUGGAGCCGUGCUGCUUAUGAAGGACACAAGUGAUAAAGGAUUCUAUGCUGGUCGAAUAAUCAUGGCUAUGCUGGCUAAGUUUUUCAUCUUAAUCUCGUUUGAUUCUAUCUAUGUGUACUCGGCUGAAUUGCUUCCAACUGUUGUAAGAAACUUAGGGAUGGGAACUGCUUCUGCCUGUGGAAGGGCUGGAUCAUUCCUGUCUUCUUAUGUCGUAUGGCUGGAGCGAGUUCACAAGCUUCUACCUUACGGCGUCAUGGCAGCUGCCUCACUUGUUGCUGGUCUAUUGUGCAUCUUGCUUCCUGAAACAAAAGACCAACCAAUGCCUGAAGUACUCGAAAGAGAACCAUCAGAAAUAGAGUUAAUUCCACAAGAAGACUCGAAUCAAAAUAAAAAACAAAUUAUAUGAUAAGUUAACUGUAUUUCAAUAUUGAUUUAGGAUCCGACAUUUCUACUACUCAACAAGGCGUAUGCGAGUGGGUUAGUCAUCUAAGCAUGUUCACUGAAAAAAACGCGCUCAAUUUACAGAAUAUUUACAUCGUAUUUACAAAAAAUUUUACAGGGAUUACAUCACGCGUUUCUUUCCAGUGAUUGGUGCUUUGUCAUAUAGAAUCAGUUCUGAAGCGAAUAGAAAAAACUCCUCAUGAAAGCGCAUCAUGAGGGGACCGUAAGCAUAGUCAGGAGUUUUCCGUUUAACGGAUUGAUAGACGAAUUUGUUCUAGUUUUUUUAUGCGACGCAUAUGGACUUUAGAACCGUUUAUUGAAUAAUGUAUCGAUAGUAAAGACAGAUAGUUUAUAGAUAUUAGGAAAAAUAGUUUAUCACUAGAAAACGAGGUGUUCGGCGUACUGUACAUAUAACAGAGUCAGACUUUUUUUUCAGUUCUUUAGAAAGUCGUAUUCCGUUGUCUUGUGUAAAGCACAGGCAACCCAAGCAUUGAUAUCUUCUAUUUAUUUGAGCUGCACACAUUAUAUGAUCGAUAACAGUUGUCAGAUAGUGUCGCUACUGUCAUUCUAUUGUAAUAUUGUACCUAUAGCUCAUACAUAAAGAAAUUGAUAUCAUAUGCGAAAAAUAGUCAAGCUUAAUAAAAUGAAGUACGUUACUGA